AUGGACCGAAAGGCUGACCAAAGCAAGGUCGGGGAAAGAGGCCAGGAACGCUCCCCUCCUCCAUCCCCCCUGCCUCCCAUCUGGCGGCCCACCCUCACCAACCCUGCGCCGGCCCAAGGUGGGGACAGACACCUGAGGGGCUGCCAGCUGCAUCCUCCACUGGGCCUGGGCCCGCCCUCAUGUUUCUCGCCCCUCCUGCCCGCAGGGGACUCGUGGGGGAUGCUAGCUUGCCUGUGUGCUGUGCUCUGGCACCUCCCUGCAGUGCCAGCCCUCAACCGCACGGGGGACCCAGGGCCUGGCCCCUCCAUCCAGAAAACCUACGACCUCACCCGCUACCUGGAACACCAACUCCGCAGCUUGGCUGGGACCUACCUGAACUACCUGGGCCCCCCUUUCAACGAGCCUGACUUCAACCCACCUCGGCUGGGGGCAGAGACUCUGCCCAGGGCCACUGUCAACUUGGAUGUGUGGCGGAGCCUCAAUGACAAACUGCGGCUGACCCAGAACUAUGAGGCCUAUAGCCACCUUCUCUGCUACUUGCGUGGCCUCGACCGCCAGGCUGCCACGGCCGAGCUGCGCCGCAGCCUGGCCCACUUCUGCACCAGCCUUCAGGGCCUGCUGGGCAGCAUCGCGGGCGUCAUGGCAGCUCUGGGCUACCCGCUGCCCCAGCCUCUGCCCGGAACCGAGCCCACCCGGGCCCCCGGCCCUGCCCACAGCGACUUCCUCCAGAAGAUGGACGACUUCUGGCUGCUGAAGGAGCUGCAGACCUGGCUGUGGCGCUCGGCCAAGGAUUUCAACCGGCUCAAGAAGAAGACGCAGCCCCCGCCAGCGGCGGUCACCCUGCACCUGGAAGCCCAUGGCUUCUGA